GAUUGUCGUUUUCGUAGUUAUUUAUUACAGCUAACCCCUGCUUUUGCAGUAUAUAUAUUUAUAUAGCUAUACAUUAGUUAACUACUUGAGAGAACUAAAUUUAGUUUGAUGAAUUAAUAGACAAAAUCAAUAUUAAUUAAGAAUAUCGAUGGAGAAGAGUAGUAACUAUGGAUGCAAAGUCUGCGUUACAGGAGGUUCAGGUAAUAUCGCCUCUUGGCUCAUCAACAAGCUUUUAUCCAAGGGAUAUACUGUUCAUGCUACUCUCCGCAACUUAGAUGAUGAGGAAAAGGUGAAGUUUCUGAAAAGCUUUCCAGGAGCUAAGACAAGGUUGGUUCUGUUCAAGGCUGAUAUUUACACACCAGAUGAUUUUGAGAUCCCAAUCCAAGGCUGCCACUAUGUUUUUCACAUUGCCACUCCUUUGCUCCAAACCAAUGUUGUUUUUCAGAACAAGAAUUCCAGUGAAGCUACUAUAAGUGCGGCUAAGAGCGUCGCAAUGUUUUGUGAGAGAUCAGGAACAGUUAAGCGCCUCAUUUACACGGCGUCUGUCGUGGCUGCAUCGCCGUUAAAAGAUAACGGCUCUGGUUUUAACGAUUUAAUGGACGAAACUUGCUGGACUCCUCUCAAUCUUUCAAUUCCUUACAGUAACGAUGAUUUUAGUGCCUACCUAUAUUCUAAGACAAUAUCAGAGAAAGAACUAUUGAGCAUGGGGAACAAAGAUGGUGGAUUAGAGGUUGUAACACUUGCUUGUGGCCUUGUUGGAGGGGAUACACUUUUACCAAUGGUACCCUUUAGUGUGGCAAUGUUUUAUUCUCACCUCAAAAACAAUCCAAUACUUUAUAAUUCUCUAAGGUAUUUGGAGGAAUUGCUUGGAAAAGUACCAAUAAUACACAUCGAAGAUGUUUGUGAAGCUCUUAUCUUCUCCAUGGAAAACCCUUCUGUCCGUGGUAGAUAUUUAUGUGCAAGUGCCUAUGUUUCCUCUGCAGAAAUAGCUUCUUAUUAUCAGCAAAAUCACCCUCAAUUUCAUGUCAACAAAGAGUACUUGGAGGGGCCAAAGAGGAAUAUAGAGUUUGAUUUUUCAAAGCUUAUUGGGAAGGGCUUUAUUUACAAAUACACUGCAAAUAUGAUAUUGGAGGAUUGCAUCACUACUGGGAGGAAAAUGGGUGAUAUUAAAGAGCCAUUAUAAAAUUUAAUAAUAUAUGUAUCGUUAUUUGUUAGAUGGAGUAUAAGAUUCUAUUGCUGUUAUAUAUAAAGGACUUCGAUUGUAAUUUGACAUUUAAUUAUGUGUCUUUAUUGAUGAUAUCGAUGUAGGAUCUUCAUUUUCCUACUUUAUGAUC